ACCCUCGGGUUUUCUCAAGACCCAAGCCAAGCAGUCAGUCGUGAAUCGGUGAUCGUUCCGCAAAGGUUCCCUUCUCUCGCUCGUUUCUUCGCGCUUCGCAGUCAUGAAGAAUUACUAUUUCGUCAGUCUAGCGGUUAUCCUCGCGAUGCUGCUGUUGACGGCCGACGCCGGGGACAUGCUGCGCAAGAGCAUCGUCUUCGACAAGAACACGCCCGACGUCUUCUACUGUCCGGUGCACAAGCCCACGGGCUUCGACAAGAUGAUCGUCAAGGCCAAGCCCCUGUCGCGGCUCUGCCAGUUCGAGGGCGGCCCCAUACCCAAGGACUACAAGAGCGACUGCUACAACGACGUCGACGAGACCGAGUACGCCUGCAAGGAGAAGUACAGGAUCAUGAAACGGCUGAAGAACAUCGACGAGCCGAUGCCCGUGGACAACGAAUACACCGACAAAUAGGAGAUUAUACAUAACAACAAUUAUGCGCAUCCUAAUCGUCCAACAAUUAUUAUCCAAUAAUUAAACAAAAAAAGCUUUAAAGUAUCUAAUAUGUGUUUAUAUCUGAGUAACGCUUAAUCUGGUGCCGAUUCUUUUAGUCAUAUAUUAAAAAAAAAAGUAUUAUUAAAAAGUUAUUGCGACGAGAGCUUUCGAUUGACGAAUCGGGAAUUAUCCGUAAUAAAGGUCGAUCGAUAGUUCAACGUCAUACAGAGCGUUGCAAAACGAUUAUUUGUCUGUAAUAAGUGUAAAAAAUGUAUAUUCCAAAAAGUAAAGAGAAAUGCAUUUUGUAACAGUAUUCGAAUAGUGAAACAAUAAAGUCAAUCUUUUUUCACGUUAACAA